AUAGCUUUUUAGGUACGGCCCCAGAAGUUUAAGUUACAAAAAGUUAGAAAAUACAAGACCCCGGCACAUGCGCAUUAACUCAGUUGCGAAUUUCGUUUAACUACCAACCUACAACAAAAAUGGGGUGUAUCCGUUUUAUUGAUCUGAUUCAGCCCGCAUUCAACCCUCUUGCGUAAACUAGGGUGCCAGGAAAUGGCGCUGAGCUACGAGAUUUAUACAAAUGGAAUAAAUAGUAAAAUUUAGACCUAUUAACAAUGGAUUCUAGUUCCAUGACCACCUCAGGGCUUUUGGAGUGGGAGUUUUCACUACCCUCCGACCAAAUAAUAUCUCAUGGGUGGUAUCAUGGGGCGUUGAGCCGAACGGCGGCAGAAGCAUUUCUACAACAAGACAGGGAAUUCCUUGUCCGUGAUUCUUCGUCGCAGCCUGAUAAUUACGUGCUCAGUUGUCGCUCAAAUGGACAGCAUUUACAUUUUGUUAUACAACGGAUCGUAGUUCAUCCCGACACAGUAUAUGAAAGAUAUCAAUACCAAUUCGAAGAUGAAGCAUAUGACACAGUCGCCGAUCUCAUCACAUCAUACGUUGGAUCUGGCAAGCCAAUAUCAGCUGCUUCAGGCGCCCGCAUUCAGUAUCCCGCUAAUCGUGUGGUACCCUUGACAAACUAUAUCCAAAAUGAUGACAUAAAUUCUGUGAUCUCUCCUAAUGGCGACGGGUGUUACGGUAAUCCUUACAGCCUUUACAGUCACUUUGCUGCAAAACCAGGACUCCAACUGCGAGUGCCUUUCAAAAAACAACGUUCCCACUCUUUAACUCCUAUAGAUAUUGGGCAGCACGUAACUCAUGGUAAAAGCGCAAGCGCCGAUGGUGUCAUACAAAGUCAAACAAACAAGCAUUGUAAAAACUUUUACAGUGAAUCAAACUCUAGCUCCAGUACUUGGGACGCAAACCUACCGACUAGUCCCCCAGCAAAGCCGGCCCGAUACGAUGGGCCGAAGGCUGAUGAUAGACGAAUGGAGAUACAGAGACUAUACCACGUUUCCGGAUCUGAUUCUGGUAAUGGGUCUGGGGAUUCUACGCAAAGCUCUGCGCAUAGUGACCCGAAUAAGUCCAGGAUUGAAUCAGAUUAUAACUUAGUGACGCCUACUAUAAAGCAACAGUUUGAUUACGAGCUCACCGAAGCGAAACUUCUUCAAUCUGAAAACCUAGAUUACGUAGUCGAAUCAAGAAUUAACUUGGAAAAUUUUCAGUCACAAAUCAUCCCAACAGGUUUGAAUAAGCCAUUGGAAUCGGAAACUUUGCAUACUAUUAAGCUGUUGCUAAGAACGUCGGGACCGAGAAUUUUAGCAAAUCAUAUGACAAAAGUAGACUUGUACUUCCUAUUUGAUGACGCUAUUCAGAUUGAAGGACUUGAAAAAACUGCGAGCGGCUUAGAACUGUGUUUUUUACCUCAAGGUCGACCACUUCGAAUGGACGUGAUAGAAAGAAUUGAAACUUUUCGCCUUCUCAUAGCUGUUACAAUACUGACAUGCCAGACUGAUAGGCAGCGAGCUGACACUAUCAACGACUGGAUCCUCCUAGCAGUAGAAACUAAGACCGCUUUAGGAAACUUAUAUGGUUUUUCUGCUAUCAUGUUUGGGUUAUGUAUGCCUCAGGUGGAAUGUUUGGAAAAUGCUUGGAAUAUACUGCGUCGUGUGUAUACAGACAAUGCGUUUAUGUUUGAAGCAAAGCUCAGACCCUGUUUUAAGAGUAUGAAUGAAGGGACCAAUCCUCUCCCUCCGAACACCACAACCCCAUAUAUUUUACCUCCAGUGCUGUGUUUUCACUUAUUUGAUGGCGAAGGCGGCAGUCUAAUGCAACCAGAUGACACAUUUGCUGGCAGUUUGAUGAACAGUCUAGAGUUUGAUUUUAAUGCUACGGCCGCGCACCUCGAGGCUGCUAGACACUUCCCAAACCAAACCGAAAUGUUUAAACGAAACGCCAGAACCGUUGUACAAGAAAUGUCCUCGCUUGGACCAACAUUGGAUCCAACAUUACUUGAACUGUUUAGGACCGAGUUCCAUAUAAACUUUUUAUGGGGCGAAAGAGGAGCGUUAACUACUCCAAACCAGAGAUUUGCUCGGCUCACUGAUAUAUUGACUGCUAUGGCGAAUAAACUAGCUAAUCAACCGCUUGAAAUGGAUGAUGUUGUUUAGAAAAUGUAGUGUACAAUAUAAGCCUAAAGUAGAUACAAAUUCGUUCAAUAGUACAUUACUUACAUUAUAUAUAGCACUUACGUAGUUAGAUAAUAGAUACCUAUCUACCCUAAAGCGUGUAAAAGUGGUAGUUUUUGUGGACUAUGACCAUAUCAUAGAACUUAGGUCAAUAAGAUUGUGUUUUACGCAUAUAAUGUUUCGCAUAAAAUGAAAAAUAGUAAUGUAAUGUUAAAUGUAAGAUGUUUCUUUGUUUUAUUUUUAUGUUAUAUUAUUAUUUCAUUUUUCAUCGAACAAAUUAUAGAAGUAACGAAACUGUCACUGCCCAAGCUUUGCGAAUGUUGCUUGAUAAGAAUCGUAGGUUAGUCGUAUAAGAGUUGUAUUUUUAUAAUGUACUAAGUAACUAGUUAAAGAAAAAACUCGUCAAAAAUGUGAAAAUAUGUGAUGAUUGUUAUUUGUCAGUAUUGGUGACACAAAAAUAUUCUGAUACACCAUCUUUCGGAAUGAUCUCCAAUAUAAACCAAUAUCUGAGCAAUAACAUGAUAGAUAUUAAGUACCUACAUACAGAUAAGUACACAUUAAACACUAAUUGUAAAAUAUUUAAGAUUAUAUAACAUUAUUAUUAAUCUUUGUUAUACGUUUAUAAAAU